AUGUCGACCCCGGCGAGAAACUUCAGCCUGCGCAACGUUAAUACCAGCAAGCCCCAGCUUCACCGAAUGGACUCUCAGCAAUCUAUUGCUGCAUCAGACGACUACUAUUCAUUCUCAGACCGAGCUUCCUCGAGUCCAGAUAGUCGAGUUACAGUGAGACGAUUCCAGACUCCAGACUCUCAACCAUCUUCUCGAGGUCACUCUCCAACCAUGCCGGCACAUCCCUUGCCCAUGGGGGAGUCCAGUCAACCUGCCCAAGAAGAUCACGACUCACCGCGUCCACCAACAUCAAGCACUGUCCGCUUCGGAGAGGACGGGGUCGCUCGGAUUAGUGCCAAAUCUGAUGGCACAGGAUCCGAUGAGACUGCUCGUCGUGUGCCCAGUGACUACGCAGGACCAGCCCCCACCCCAGGCUUGGAUGACUCCCCGUACGUCCGGUUUGCAAUCGAUCAGCUCACCCAGGACAGGGCUCGGGGAGUUUCAAGACAGGACUCCUUAUCUACCACGACUACAGGAGAUGAGUAUACAAAUAAUCAACUGGUAUGGGACGAGGGAUUGGGUUACUUUACCCGCACAAGAACGCCUUUGAGGACACCAAUUCGACAUGAAACGCCUCCAGUGAGGCCAUCUUAUACGUCUCCUUCGCCGCAAGCUUUACCACAACGACCUGUCUCAGUAGACCCCGAGUCUUUUGUUGCCGUUGAGCCCCCAGAGCAAGGUUUACUGUAUCCGCCCUUGAACUACUUGCCUGUGGUGCUGCGGCCGUGGGCUAUGGCACUGACGAUAUUUUGUUGUCUGCUUAUGAUUGCGGGAGUUCUCUUCUGCAAUAUUUGGUCUCAUCGUCACCAGGGAAUUUGGGAUUACCAGGGCCAAGGAGGUGGGCAUUAUUUUGUGCUGCAGUUCCUACCACAAAUCCUCGCCGCGCCGAUCAUCAUCUGGUCCUUUGUCAUUCAAGCUGCAGUAUAUCGCACAGCACCUUUCGCCAUGAUGGCCGCUGAACGACAAAAAGGCUUGGUUAUUCAAGCAUUGCCUAUCCUGUCGAAAAGCUUUGUAUUCCCGGAUUUCUCCCAUUUCAAACACGGUGAACACUUGUUCGGUUUCUCCUUGUUCACAGUUUGGCUGCACAACUUCUUCGCAAUCCCUCUUCUCAGCUGUCUCUUCCAGGCAAAGUACUACAUUAUUGAUGGAGAAGGUGUCUGGAGAUGGGCCUCGGUUGAGUCUGUUGGCUGGACAUUGGUCGCAUUAUACGGCGUUCUCACAAUUGGCUUGGUGUUACUGCUACUGCGCUUCCUUCGCAGCUGGUCUGGUUUGAUGUGGGAUCCGGUCAGCCUGGCGGAUCUGAUCUCGCUCAUCCAGCGAUCGAAUAUUCUCCAUGACUUUGAGCGAUCUGAAACUCUUCCCACAGUGCGAGACUCGCUUGACCCUCGUGUUCUUCGAUUGGGCUACUGGAGAUUGUCGAGCAAGCCUGAGGUCUUCUACGGCAUCGGCGAGGUGGACGCCCCAGUUCGCACUCCUUCACUUCAUCAGACCGGCAAAAGCAGAGAGAAGCAGCCACACGGUCUUGCCAAAGUGUGCGUCGAUCUCGAACACCAAGGCGACUCCAACGAUUCAUCUGAUAACUCCCUUUACUCGCCAUUCGCCCGCUACCGCUGGACCCCGUGGUUCCUACGCAAAAUCUCAGUAUUUAUCUGGGCUGCAAUCGUCUUCGCCUUGUUUAUUGCCUUUGUCGCCGUCAGUUUCAUCAACGACGCGAUCAAGGGUGGAUUCCCACCCAAACUCCCGACCCUCCCAUCAACAAGUGCAUUCUCCUCCUCCAACUUCCUCUACAGCUUCAUUCCCGCCUUAAUCGGCAACAUCCUCUUCCUCGCCUGGCAACCAAUUGACGUCUACUUCCGCGCCCUCCAACCCUUCGUCGGGCUCUCCUCUCCAAGCGGCGCAUCCGCCGAACAAAGCAUCCUCCUCGCCUAUCCAUCCUGCUACCCAAUCCAAGUCACAAUCCUCGCCCUCCUAAACCGCCACUUCAAAGUCGCCUGGAUAUCCCUAAUGUGUCUGAUAUCCCUGGCAAUCCCCAUCCUCGCCGGUGGCGUCUUCAUCGCUCUCUGGUACCCCUCUCACGACGACAUCCGAAUCUCAGCCUUAAUGCCAGCAUUCUACGCCCUAAUUGCCUUCUGCGCUUUAUACGCCAUUUCCUUCCUGGUAAUCUGGCCCGGCCGCCGCCGCUACCUGCCACACGAUAUCACCACCCUGGCUGAUAUGAUGAGUUAUCUCUACCAAUCGCCGCUUUUAUCGGACAAGAUCCUCCGCGAGCCGAGGAGCAAGACUGAUCUUGUUACCCGUCUUAUUGUUGCGCCGCCUUCAGAUCGCCAGUUGCCAUUUUACGGCUUUGGGAUCUAUGUUGGUCGUGACGGUAAGGAGCAUCUCGGUAUUGAUCGCUUCCACCGUCCUGGUAGGAGUGAUAUGCUUAUUACUACCGGGACUAUGAAAUGA